AAUUAAUAUGGUCACUUUGUGUAGAAAUUUUUAGUCUCACUGGAGUUUGAUUUUGUGGAUAAAUUUCAAGUUUUGACACGUUGAUAAUAAUGGUUUCAGUAAAACGAUAUGCCUGACUUUCAAAUAAUUUGAAUGUAAAGUCUUAAUUCUCUUGUCUGUACCCCUGACUGUAAGUAAUCGCAAUCCAGCAUUAUGGACUUAAGAUUACAUAGUUAAGGUAUUGUGUUCAGGUACUACACAAAAGUAAUUUAGUGGUCGUCACAGUAACCUGUACUUCAUAAACGCAGUUUGAUCUACUUUCCUUUUUGACGUGCACUGAUAUACAACAGAGCUGAUUGUUAUGACCUGUCCCUAGCUGUCCAAAUCGAUCAGUAAAUAGAAGCAACCAAAAUAGCCUUCAACUGGACGUACAUGAUAGCCACAGUGACUUUUUAUACACCCCACAACUACGAAAAAAAAUAAGGUUCAUUCACAACCGACGAUAAUACAAGGGAAAAUCCUGGAUAUUUGUAGAAAUGUUAAUUGCAUCCUUGUGAACCAGGCAUAUAGGAUCUAGGCCUUAAAGUCCCUGGUCUAACUAUACCCACACAAUUCGAAAAUUUGAAUCCGUAAUCAUUGAAAAACUCGUUUCUCAAAUGAUAUGAGUUGAAUUCUCGUGAAAUAAAGCGUAUGGUACUCAUUGGAAAUUAGAUAUUAACUGAAGUUAAUAAUAUUUUAUGUUGAUCAAUGAACCUAAUGGAUAAUUAUUUAAAUGUUUUGUCUAUUUUUGCACAUAGUUUACGCAAUCCAAUGAGUUUGUUUACAGUUUCAAUGAAAACGAACGGUGCCAAUGCUUACCAUUGAAGAGUGUGUCAGUGAAGUGCAUUAGCAUUUUGAAGGCUGUUUACUACUAGUUUUCAAGUCAGAGCUUAUAUCGAACUAUCAUCGGAGUUAUCAACUUCAAGUGAUGUUCACCGGCACUGUCCACUAUUCCCAUUUAUUUAACCUCGUCAUAGACAUACAUUUACAGAUGACACUUUUUUAUAACUCAGAGGUUAAUCUCCCUGCUGUGGUAUCAUUUUUUAGUGUAGAACAAGCAGGCGAUAUAGCUCUGUCUCGUGAUGACGUUGAUAAAAUACAGUCUUCUGAUCUCUUUAAACAAGCAUGUUUCGGAUGCAUCUCUUCUCAUAAUGCCAGUUGUCUACUUCUCCUGAAUUACCACGUCAUAGUAUGACUUGUGCACCCAUGUUUUCUACAUCCUUUCACCAAUCUGAUCGGUCUAUUGAUCAAAGUACACCAGUGAAGCGGACUCCAGCAUCUUUCCAAACUAGAAACCCUUAUCCACCCGUUGAUAAUGCCAAUUCAUUACUACAAAAAUCAAAUUUAUUUGCAGUCCAAUCGGAUAACGUGAAACCAAGUUAUCCUGUUGCUUCGUGUCUUUCCAAUUUCUUACAGGUACAUACAGACACUUCACCUCCAGCAACACCAAAUGCAAUGAAUGGAUAUCUAGAAAUCGUCCAUUCUAAUUUAUCCGAUGCAGAUAUUCUACCUAGUUUAGAGAAUUCUUUGAAUAUGCAACAAUUUAUGCCUAGUUCUCCAGUUGAAUUUAAGAAAUUAAAAAAUUCUGGCUCUCAUUUAACACGUUCACCUAAUAAGGAAUAUUUUGGAAGUAAAAAUUUUAUUUCUGCUGAAUCUACUGUGUUGGAUGAUCAGUCGUCAUUACAUGAACAUAAAGUGCAUCUUUCUACAUCCUCAAAUAAUAUCAAUAACAGAAGUGUUUCAUCCUCUGCUGAAUUAAUUCAUAAGUCAACUAGUGAUAAACAUGAUAGUUCAAGUAGUGGUCGUGGUCGUAGUUUAACAGUUACACAAACAGUUCCUUUUCAGUCUAAUACAUCACCUCCUUCAAGUCUUCUUGAAUUACAUACUUUUCCAGAUUCACGUAAUACAACUCAUAAUUAUCCUAUAGAGCAUAAUAAUUCCUAUCCUUCUCAGAAAUCUUUAAACAAACUUGUAUCUAAUGAGAAAAUCAAUAAUAGUUAUGAUUCUAUUCAUACAAGUAGUAUAUUAGCUUGGAAUGAAGAGAAUAUUAAAUAUAAUAAGGAAAUAAAUAAAAAUGAAUUACAUGAUGGAUCAUUAGAUGAAUUAACUUCACUUUUAUCAACUAGUUUAAUAUCUGAUACAGAAAAAAUUUCAAAUGAAAUAUCUGGUCAUUGUCCAACUACUUCGGAUAUUUUAACUGAAAUUAAUGACUUCGCUUGUAUACUUGAAAAACGACUAAAUUAUUUAAGAUCUGUUUAUUUUCGUGCACAUUCGGAAGCUGAAGCAUUGGCUGGUUUAGUUCAAUUGGUCACAUCAAAAAGUUUAAAUAUUAUUGAACCUAUGAACAACAGUCAAGUAAAUGACAACAACAAUAAUAGUAUAUUAAAAAAUAAUCCACUUAAUGUACAUGAGAACCAUUUGCAUUUAGAGUCUUUAUUAGUUAAAGCAAUUGAUCGUAUCGAUCAACUACUGGAAAAAUACAUUACUCCUUGUUCAGAAGUAAUUCAAAAUAAUCAUAGCAAUUGUAUAAAUUCUGCAAUAUGUUUACAUCCUACAUCAAAAAAAGUUGACAACUUUCCGACAAAUCAAACCUACUUUCAUUCAAAGAAUUCAUCUAAGUUCAGUUCUUUGUAUGAUGAUAACUAUUCGGAUGUAGAGUUGAGAAAGUUAUUGGAUCUCAAACAUGAAUACAUGAUGAAAGCCUUCCAUUUAUGCUUAGAUCAACUUCGCUUGUUGAAUGAAUAAUUCUAUUGUUGCUUCAUAUAAUGACUCUCUAAUGUAUCUUUUAUUCUUCAUUAUUAUAAUUAUUGUCUCCAGUAUUAAUCAUGUUUAGUAUGUCUGAUAAGUCAUCAUAAUCUGUUGGUGUAUUUUAAGAGGUAGUAUUUAGCCAAUCUCUCCUAUCACUUCUUUAUACUCGUUUUAAUUUACUGUUAUUAUGAUUAAGAUCUACCAUUUCUUUGCUUAUUUCUUUACAUCUCAGAUAUUAACUACCUUCAGAUAUUCUGUGUAUUAUGUCCUCAUGCAAUUGUUGUUUACUUUCUCUUAUUUUUGUUUUCAAAAUGCUGUUGUCAUGUUAGAUUUGAUUCAGAUAUGCUGUUGUAUACGUAUACAAAUCUUUUAUCUUUACAGUUAUGAAUGUUUAGACCUUUUAAGAUGUUUUUCACAUUAGCAAUGUAAGGUACGUUUAAAAAGUUUAAACAUACAAUUUAUUCUCUAAUUUGAUUAAUGUUUAUCCUAUGAUUGUUUAUCUCUUUAUUCAAUCAUCAAUCCUAACGACCGUGCAACUGACCACAUAUGAAAUACAUGUUUCUUCUUGAAAUACUAGUAUAAUCAAG